CCGCCGUGUACAAGUACCGCAUUUUCGGGGCUCUAGCGUCAUACCGUCGCAUGAGGUAAGUGCUGUGGAUAUGAUGUUUUCUCGGCCUGUCUAAAUUUGAUGAUAAUUGAACCUUGACCGCACUCACAUUUAUCAACAACUGCACCCGUCCAUCAUCUCAACAACCAUCUUCCACCACCUCACUAGACAUCAAACCACUACAACCAUAAUCUUCUCCCUGCCUCCAAAUCACCAUGUCCGAAGAAAACACGCAAGAAGGCCAGGCUGGCCUCUCCCUCUACGACAUCAGCAUCCCCACCUUCCUCCGGGGUCAACACACCCUCAAGCACCUCCUCGUCACCGCCACCAAGCACGCCCAAGUCAACGACAUUUCGCUGCAGGAAUUGCCACACUGGACCUUGCAUCCAGACAUGAAGCCCCUGACCUUCCAGGUCCAAGUAGCCAGCAACACGCCCAAGAAAUUCAUCGACGUGGUGACCGGUCAGAGCGGCGUCGUCUUUGCGGAUGACGAGACCACCAUCGAGCAGCUCAUUGAGCGGUGCCAGCACACGAUUGACAUGCUGCAGAAGGUGGAGAAGAAGGUGGUGGACGAGGCGCACGUGCGCAACAACACCAUCAAUCUGCAGUUGAUGGCUGAGGUGUAUAAUGUGACGCCGGUGCAUUACGUGAUGAAGUUCGCGGUGCCGAAUUUCUUCUUUCAUCUGCAGACUGCUUAUGCGAUUCUGAGGAUGAAGGGCGUGCCGGUGGGGAAGAUGGAUUAUUUGAAUAACUUUUUGAAGCGUGACUCUUGAUGUGGUCUACAUAGUCGGGCUCGGAAGGGAUGAUGGUGUUGUGUAUGCGAUAGGAAAAAGGUGGCUGGCUGGCUCAAUGUGUUUGCGGCUUUGUUGUCACUCGAGGGUGUCACGGCUUUCUGUGCAGGAACAAUUUGUUUGUUAAGGAAGGUUCACUGGGAGAUUAUGGCUUGUUUUUGUGUGGAUUGGUUGCUUGUACACACGAUGAACAUCACGGAUACAAAUCAGAGAAAAUAAAUUGUGCUUUCUGGGUAACUGUCAUUUCGUGGGUGAUUAGAUUGCUUAGUCUAGCCACGGCAAUGAGAUUCUUCUUCGUCGCCCUUUCUGUGUAGACGAUUGUCUCUCCGAUUUCGUAGACGGCCAUCUUGAUGUUGGCGUUUGAGUUGAUGGCUUUGCGGUUGGGUGAUGGUGCGGUUGGGAC